UGGUCCAGAAAGUGAAAUUUCGAUUCGUGUGACUUUCUUUACAUUGUACAUUUGACUUGUUGCCUAUAAAUACUGAGUAUUAACACUUCAGAAGAUGCAGAUAGUAAAGUGUAGAGCACUUCACACUCUUAUUAGGAGUAACAGUCUGCUGUACAGGAAAGUAGAGUGUGUAUACUGGGAAUACAAUGUUUCUACGUUUGGUGCACCUUUGUGUCAUUGUGACUCUGUGCAGUGUGAGCUCUGGCUUCAGCUGUCGAUGGAUCAAUCCUAAAUUCAAGCAGCAUCAUGGGGAAUGUUUAGCACUGCUUAGAGAAAUGGGAGAGGAAAUCAGCGUCAACUCCUCCAUCCCAGAUAACUGGCGUCACUGGUUCUUUAACCAAAGCCAUUCUCAGCCAGAGAAACAGAUCUGGUUCAUCGUUCAGACUCUGGACGAGGUCUCUCGUUUAUUGGAAGAUUCAGACUCUGUCUCCUGGAACAAGGACAAGCUGGACACUUUCUUACAUAUGCUGGAUCUGCAGGCUAACGGACUACGCUCAUGUCUCGAGCACAAAAUGAAAAAGAACCAAAGAUUGCCCUUAUACUUCAAACGACUAAGAGACCUCACCAAGAACGACAAGCAGGAGAAGAACGAGGCCUGGGAGUGGAUCAGAAAAGAGCUGCUUCAACUCUUCGUGCUCUUCGACUUUUUCCCUGCUCUCUCUGUGAAUCGUGCUGCAAACGACAUUCAGUAAUCAGUUGAAGUUGUGCAGUGGUCACCAGAAGGUUGUGAGUUCAAACCAGGAACUGCCAGAGAAAAUCUGUUGGCUUUUGUAAAAGACUCUAAACCUACAACUGCUCAGAUUUUGCUAGAAUUGUAUUUUCCUUCACUUGUCAGUGCUUUGGAUCAAAAUGCAGUUGAACAGUUCAGUCUGUAUUAAUCAUUCAGUGUUGCUCUAUUCAACAUCAUAGAAAGCUAAAUUAGCAAUGUAUUUCAGUUUCAUGACACAUUUUCAACUGUUACAUGAAGUUUUCUUUAGCUAUUAAUUUAGUUUUAGUGAUUUGUUUUAUUUAGAAAGGUCUGUGUCUGUUAAAUGAUAAAACUGUGAUUAUGCUGUACUUUUUGAUUUAUUUCUUUAGCAUAUAUAUUUAACGUAUUUAUUUAUUUAUUUUGUUUAUUUAUUCAUUUAUUUGUUUGUUUGCUUGUUUGUUGAUUAAUUGAUGAUGUAUGUCUUUAUUCAUGCAUUAUGCACCUAAGAUGAUUUGUAUAAGGAAUAUAUGAAAUUCAUGAAGAUGUCUAUUAAGAUAUUAUAACAGUUUCACUGCUACUGAACGC